GAAGAUACUUUGUUUAAAAGAAAAAUAGGUCUGGUUUCCACUCAUACCACUAGAGGGAGCCCACAGAUCGUGUGAUGACUAUAUAGUAUGUAUAAUAAAAUUGCUCUGUUUCUCCGAUCGGUCAUUAUUAUGUUUACUUGACUUUUAGAAACAGGAGAUAUUCCUUACACUAUCAGUCUGUACCUUUUUUCUUUUAAUUUAUUGUCUUUGGUCUUUUUUCUCACUGCUCCCCAUGUCUUGUGUCUGGGCGUCAAGCUUUUAUUUUGACAGAUACAACCGGAAGGGCUUCUGCCUCUCGUAGCAAGCCUGACGCCGGACGCUAAAACGAGUAGGAUGCAACAGUCCAUGUUCCGAGCUUUCGCCGCAUCAAUCAGCCUACGGUAGUCCGUCUCUUCUCUCUCUUCAACCCGGUGACUCGACCGCGGGGGAUGGCUGAUUCGAGGACCGCCAGCAGAGACCAAUAACAUCCGAAAAUAUGUCCAACAUCCUGGAUGCGGCGUCCAAAGUGAAAUGGGACCGCACGGCUGCAGCGAAACGAGCCGUGUAUCUUGCGGCUGCUGCAUACGGCAUCAAAACCCUGUAUCCCAUCAUCAUCAGGCAGCUCCACAGAGGCAAAGAUCCCGGUCAGAACCACCGGAGCUCCAGGGCGCAGAACGGAUCUACCUGCCCGGGGGAUGCACAGAUCGAGUACAGGAAGGCUUCGCCGGCUGUCAACGCUGCGUUUUUUAAGCAGAUCCUGGAACUGGGUAAAAUCCUCUUCCCCAGGCUCGUGUCCAAAGAGCUGGGUCUGCUCUCACUGCACUCUCUGGCUCUGAUAUCCAGGACAUUUCUGUCAAUUUACGUGGCAGGCUUGGACGGUAAGAUCGUGAAGACGAUCGUGGAGAAGAAACCGAAGCGCUUCAUCAUCCAGCUGAUCAAAUGGGUCCUCAUCGCCAUACCGGCCACGUUCGUCAACAGCGCCAUCCGGUACCUGGAGGGCAAGCUGGCUCUGGCCUUCCGCACCCGGCUGGUGAAUCACGCGUACCGGACCUACUUCACGGAUCAGACCUAUUACAGAGUCAGCAACAUGGACGGGCGACUGGCCAACCCGGACCAGUCUCUCACCGAGGACGUCAUGAUGUUUUCCCAGUCUGUGGCUCACCUUUACUCCAACCUCACCAAGCCCAUCCUGGAUGUGAUGCUGACCUCUUACACCCUGAUCGAGACUGCCCGGUCCAGGGGGGCCAACGCCACCGGGCCAACCCUGCUGGCCGGGCUGGUGGUGUUCGCCACCGCGAAAGUUCUGCGCGCCUGUUCUCCCAGGUUUGGGAAACUGGUGGCAGAGGAGGCUCACAGGAAAGGAUACCUGCGCUAUGUACACUCGAGAAUCAUCGCUAACGCUGAAGAAAUAGCUUUUUACCGGGGUCACAAGGUGGAGAUGCGUCAGCUGCAGAAGUGCUACCGUGCGCUGGCCGAGCAGAUGAACCUGAUCUUGUCCAAGCGCCUCUGGUACAUCAUGAUCGAGCAGUUCCUCAUGAAGUACGUGUGGAGCGGCAGCGGCCUCGUCAUGGUCGCCGUCCCCAUCAUCACCGCCACUGGCUUCGCUGACAAUGAAACAGCAGACGGCCAGACACAGGUGAUGGUGAGUGAGCGUACAGAAGCUUUUACCACCGCUCGGAACCUCUUAGCCUCAGGAGCCGACGCCAUCGAGAGGAUCAUGUCGUCCUACAAAGAGGUCACAGAGUUGGCGGGCUACACUGCCAGGGUCCACAACAUGUUGGCGGUGUUUGAGGACGUUCAGAGGGGCGUCUACAAACGCUCCUCUCUGUCGGAGGCCACCAGAGCAGAGAAGAAGAGCAAACCUGAGCUGCACAUCGACGGACCCCUGGAGAUAAAGGGUGAAGUCAUAGAUGUGGACCAGGGCAUUGUGUGUGAAAGUGUACCCAUUAUUACACCCAACGGGGACGUAGUGGUGUCUUGCCUGAACCUUAAGGUGGAGGAGGGAAUGCACCUGCUGAUCACGGGGCCUAACGGCUGCGGUAAGAGCUCCCUCUUCAGGAUCCUCAGUGGUCUGUGGCCUGUUUACGGUGGACGCUUACACAAACCCUCCCCUCAGCACAUGUUCUACAUCCCUCAGAGGCCGUACAUGUCCAUGGGGUCACUGCGGGACCAGGUGAUCUACCCAGACUCGAUGGAGGACAUGGCCUCCAGAGGACUGUCUGACAAGGACCUGGAGGCCAUUUUGGACAUAGUCAACCUCUACCAUAUAGUCACCAGAGAGGGAGGUAGGAUCAGUAAUGGAGUGAGCUGUGACUUCUUUAAAGUAGGAGUCGGUUUGAAAAGUUUGAAAAGAAAAACAAAAAAAAAACCUGCAGAAAAAUCUGAGGAAAAAAAAUGAAGUUACAAAGUUACAAAAACAACUGUAAAAUAGACAAAUACUGUCCACUCUAAAUCAGGUCUACGGCAGUGGUUCUUAAUCAUGGGGCCACGGCCCAAAACCUGGUCUGCCAGUGCCAGCUGGAGGGCCACGAGAAGUUCCGUUUUCCUCUUGUAGGCUGCGAGGGCUGCGGGAAUACGCCACAGAUAUGUUAUCAGAACUCCGUUACAAUGCAACUUUUGACCACAUGGUGGCAGUAAUGAUGACUCAGUUACAGAGAAGAAGACUUCUUCUCUAGGCUAGCUGUAGCAAAAAGUAUGGAGACGUUUUUGAAAAGACAAAAACAAACAUUGCGUGGUAUUUUUUUGGGUUGGUACGUCCCGACUUCUAAAAUUUAAUGGGCUACGGUCCACUUUGCGUUAUAGAAAUUGGGCCUCAGGGGUCAGCUGUUCUUACAUUUUGUAGGUUCCCACAGAAAAAGAGGAUAUUUAUAGUGUAUGUGUGUAGAGUACAUGUGACGUGAGCACGUGAGUUUCCUGCUCCACAAAUAUCCGUCAGCCUCACUAGUUCUUUAACUUUCACGCUUGAGUUUUGCCUAAUUGCCUAAAACAGGUCUCUUAAUGACAAACAAACAGAGCCAUUGUUGACACAGCGACUGUCUGCAGCCCAGAAUAACUCAGGGACUUAAUGUAUGAAUGGCUGCUCUGUGGAGGCGUUGGGAAACAUCCUGAUCUUUAACCACACACUCACACAUGUAGAAACAUACACAGUGUUGGUGCUGGAGAGGACGUCAGUCGGCCAUGUUGUUCCUCUGCUCUUUGUCAUUGUUUGGUUAAAACAGUGGUUCAGAAUUAUUUUCAGUCAUGCUCCCCCUUGGGGACAGAAAUGUUCUCACGCCCCCCUGACC